GAGAGAGAGAGAAAGAGAAAUACCAAAGGAAACUAUAAACAAUGCGAGUAAACUACAUUCUACGAGUACGAGCUUUAUUGAAGAAAUGAAAGAAGUGGAAAGCAUUCUUUUCAGUAUGCUCUGUCUAAUUACCGUAACGAAUGCUUUAGCAAAGACCGAAUUAAGGUCGAAUAACAACGUAACCUCAAUUGAGAUGCAAUGUUUGGAUCUUUAUUCGGGUGUUAAAUUAUAUGUCAAGGGUAAACAAGUUUGGAUCAACGUAAGAAUAUUAGAUAUAUUUGAAGGAAAUGCAAUACAAGGGAGAGCAGAUUUCAAGCAGACGAAGGAACCAAAUCCAAUUAAGAAAAUCGGUUUUAUGAUGAUGAUGGCUCCUUUCGCUAUGCAGUUGAUUUCUUUGCCGGGUACUAUUGCGUCUAUCAAAAUGUCUUUGUUAAGAAGCAUUAUGGUUGCCAAAUUAGCGAUAAUCAUAAUGAUAUACAACGUGAUCGUAAACAUGCAAUCUUCUGAAGUAGUUAUAGUUCAUCAGCCGCAGCAUCACGAACAUUAUUACAAUCAAUAUCAUCAGCAUGAAGAGGAUAAUGAAGAUUGGUUUGUUCUUAGAUUUGAUUGUGUAACUAUACUCGGUAUAUUCGAUAGUAAGAUGCCGGUUGACCUACUUAAGCCACAAGCACAUCGCAGAAUUUAUUUGACGAACGCACUUAGUCUCGCGAGUUCCAUUAGACAAUCUCUUCUAUCUCGCAAGAUGUUAUUUUCAUUCGUUUGUUCGUUUUCAUUCGUUCGUUUUCAUUCGUCAAAAUAUUUUUCUUCAUUGUUAAACAAAAAUUUGACUUUCACAUUUCUAUUUUUGUGUUUAUUUACAAGAACCUGUACUUUGAUCGAAGAUCCAUAUUACGAAAACAGACCUUACGAAUUCUCCUUCAGCAUUGUCGAUUUUCAACAUAGAUAUGAGAAAAAAGACAUUGACGGAAUUAUCACUGGUGAAUACGGUUUUAUAACGGCAGAUGGAGUUUAUCACGAGACUGGAUAUGCAACUGAUAAGAAUGGAGAUUUUAUCAUAACCAAAAUGAGAAAUCGAAAGAUAACAAGCUUGAAAGACGCACGAGAGAUCUUUAAGAAUAGACCUGAAGCUGCCAAAAAGCUCUUCGAAGUUGUAAUGAAAUCUUGCAGUGGGUGUAAAAUUCCGAUUAUUAAGAAUCUAAAAGUAAACGAGAAUGAAAUUCUUGCGAAAGAUGCUGAACCAUUGAUUGAGAAAAAAAUUAUUAAACCGAUAUUAAAAGAAAUGAUGAAAGUAUUAACCGAACAUAGGAAGAAAACAGAAAAUACUUCCAUGAAAGAAGACAACGGAACAAGUUUAACAAAGAAAAACGAGUCUCGAAAAAAGUCCGAAAUUUUUCAAAAUAUUAAUCGUAUUCCGAUCGAUAAGAAAGGAAACGAACAGAUGGAACGCGUUGUCAAAGAAAUGAUGAUAAACUCUAUUAAAAAAAUCAUUUCUAACGAUACUAAAAAGAAUGAAAUUAUUCUCAAAGACAGUUCUCUCAAGAAAAUGGUUAACGAUCUCUACUAUUAUUUCAAUUAUUCGAUAAUUUCGCACGGUCAUCAGGAGACUGGUUAUCGUAAUGGUGAUAAAAAUGGCAAUUAUCGAUCAUGGAGUGAAAGUGGUGUCGAUACACGAGUCAAAUACGUGUCAAACAAAUUCGGUCAUCAACCGAAUAUCACUUUCCAUCCACAAUCAAACGAAACAAAAAGAAGAGAUCAGUCGCUCCAAGGCUAUUCCUUUCUCUGUGUCAUAUUAACUUGUAAAAGACUCGCGAUGAAUCGUGACGGUUCUUGUAUUACAAACUCGUACUGGGUCUUUGUACGUUUGACGAGCAUGACAUUUUCAGUGUUACGCAAAUCAACUAGACAUUACUUACGUGUAACUUAA